AUGGCGACGGAGGAGGCUGUUUUUGCCGAGGUCCCGGUGACCGAGGUGGAGGCUGAGGCACCGGCGGCCCAGGAGGCGGAAAAGGACAAGUCGAAGAAGGCGGCACCGAAGGAGAAGGCGCCGAAGGAGAAGAAGGACAAGGCAAAGAAGCCGGCGGCGCACCCUCCCUACGCCGAGAUGAUUUCAGAGGCAAUCGCUGCCCUGAAGGAGAGGACCGGGUCGAGCUCGGUGGCCAUAGGCAAGUACGUGGAGGAGAAGCACGGCGGCAAGCUUCCCUCUAACUUCCGCAAGCAGCUGACCGUGCAGCUGAAGAAGCUCGCUGCCGCCGGCAAGCUGACGAGGGUGAAGAACUCCUUCAAGCUGCCGGUCGCCCCCGCUGCCGCUGCCGCCAAGCCGAAGGCACCCAAGGCGGCCGCUGCCAAGACCGCGGCCAAGCCCAAGGCCUCGCCGAAGGCGAAGGCCAAGACGACGGCGAAGCCCAAGCCCAAGGCGAAGGCCAAGCCCGCUGCUCCCGCCGCCGCGUCGCUGCCCAAGCCCCGCGGGCGCCCUCCCAAGGUCGCCAAGACCUCCGCCAAGGCCUCCCCCGCCAAGGCAGCAGCAGCCAAGAAGGCUGCUGCUCCUGCUGCUGCUGCCAAGAAGGCGAAGGCAGUGGCAUCGCCCAAGAAGAAGGCGGCGACCCCGAAGAAGGCCGCCGCCGCCACCGCUCCGGCCAGGAAGGCCAAGAAGUAG